CUCUCGCCACGACUGUACACGAGCAGCCAUGGCAGAAGCAGGGGCGAAGUUUCUCCCCCAUCUGGCCGCCGGUCUCCGCCUAUAUAUACCCAGCCCACACGCGCCUCCUUCCCUAGCCAGACCGAGCAGCUGCUCUUCUUCCUCCAGUCCAGACGUGGCGCUUUGACUUUUCGACCCCGGAACCCAUCGAAGGCGCCUCCGUGGGAAAACCCCGGGACGAUUCUUGGAGAAGAAACCGCGGAUUCAGCGGCGGCGGAGGAGAGGCGCCUUGCCGUUACUGGGAUUUUGCCCCCGCUCUGGCUCCGGUCGAGGAGAACCUUAUUAAUUACUGAAGUUAACGGGUUGCGCAAUGAAGGCACCAUCGCUGCUUGUUCAGUGUUUCCCUGGCUUGCUUCCAAGCAAGGCCACUAGUUGUGUGCCGAUUAUAUCAGAGAGGGAUCUGCAUCUACCAUCACCAGCUGUUGAACUAAUCCCUUCAAAGAGUGCUCAUCCUUACAAAUAUGCUGGAGAGAAGGUCGAUGUCCAAGGUCUUGAUGUUUUCAAGGGGAAGGUCAGUGUAGCAGAUAUGAUAGCCUUUUCCCCUUCUGAAGUAGCAUCAUCAAAGCAUGAUGGGAGUCUCAAAUAUUGGGAGAGUUCCAUCACUCUUGUGAAUAUUAUUAAAAAUGAGAUCCGUGAUGGGCAGCUAAGCUUCAGGGGCAAGCGAGUCCUAGAGCUUGGAUGUGGAUCUGGCCUGGCUGGGAUUUUCGCUUGCUUGAAGGGUGCAUCUAUAGUACACUUCCAAGACACAAAUGCAGAAACCAUAAGAUGCAGAACAAUGCCCAAUGUGCUUGCGAAUCUUGAGCAGGCUCGGGACAGGCAGAACAGACCAUCAGAGAGCCCAGUUACACCAUCUCGACAGCUGUUAGCUCCCGUUGUCCAUUUCUAUGCCGGGGAGUGGGAUGAGCUCCCUACAAUUCUCUCAGUUGUGCAUCCACCUGCGCAACCUACAAACCUUAGCUUUUCUGAGGAUGAUUUUAUGGAUGGCUGCAGUAGCCAUGACGGAAGCAGUAUAGUUGGUCAGGACUCCCGGCGAUCCAGGAAGCUUUCUGGCAGCCGUGCAUGGGAGAGGGCCAGUGAGGCUGACCCAGCAGAUGGAGGGUACGAUGUAAUUUUGAUUUCUGAGAUCCCUAAUGCGGCGAACUCUCUGAGGAAGCUCUAUGCCCUUAUCACUAAGUGCCUACGCCCACCUUAUGGAGUCCUGUAUGUGGCUUCAAAGAAGAACUUGGUUGGUUCCAAUGGCAGUGCAAGGCAGCUUAAAAGUUUGAUGGAUGAGGAAGGUGUUCUCGGUGGUCACUUCUUGACUGAGCUAUCUGACCGGGAGAUAUGGAAGUUCUUUUUCAAGUGAACCAGUAAAUGUUGAAACUGAAAAAGAUGAUCCUGGCCGUGGCCUCAUAUACAAAAGAAAUUCAUUUGUCUAAUCGCAGCGCUGUACAUACCGCGAAGCUUAGUUCCAUUAAUUCUUUGGUAAUAUAGGUUCAAGUAUGCGCCUCAGUUGUUAUAAACCUGCAAAUGUGUUGGCAUUUUAACCCUUUUGUAGAUCUCCUAUCUCGUAGUUGACUGUAUUGAGCUCUUGCAUACCGGAUCUAUGGUGCUGGCAUAAAACAGCACGAUAUCAGCAAUAUGUACAAAAUGGAAAUGGUUACUGUA